AUGUAAAGUUCCGCCUCGUCGUUCCCAGAUACGGAAGAAGCGUCCUUGCGUUUAUGAACAUAAAUAUAUGUCACAAUGACAGUCUCAACUAAAUAAAGGUAAACUACAUUGGUUAAUAAGUACUCCGUCGGACAACGUAAACAUGGCUAAUUAUAUGUAUUUGUGUUUAUUAUAUAUUUGUAUCUAACCGGUGUAUAAAAUCGGUGAACCGACUUCCGUUCACGGACAGUAUCAAACUCUCGCGAGAGCCUUUCAGCUUCCUCUUCGCACGGAACCUACUUCCAAGAUGUCUCUUGUCAUCCCUGAGAAGUUCCAGCACAUUCUUCGUGUUCUCAACACGAACAUCGAUGGUAGGAGGAAGAUCGCCUUCGCCAUCACUGCCAUCAAGGGUGUUGGCAGACGUUAUGCUCAUGUCGUCCUGAGGAAGGCCGACAUCGACCUCAGCAAGAGGGCGGGAGAGCUGACCGACGAUGAGGUGGAGCGUGUUGUGACCAUCAUGCAGAACCCUCGCCAGUACAAAAUCCCUGACUGGUUCCUCAACAGGCAGAAGGACGUGAAGGAUGGCAAAUACAGCCAGGUCCUUGCUAACGGUCUGGACAACAAACUGAGAGAAGAUCUGGAGAGGCUGAAGAAGAUCAGGGCUCACCGGGGUCUCAGGCACUUCUGGGGUCUGCGUGUGCGUGGUCAGCACACCAAGACCACCGGCCGUCGUGGUCGCACCGUUGGUGUGUCCAAGAAGAAGUAAACCCCCUGCUUCCCCUUGUUUCAAUAAAAGUCACUGGACAGA